CUGCUGAAAGGAUUGGUGUAAACUCAACAUGAGGUGCGUCAACUCUGAUGCUACAUGUCCUGUUCUUGAUGAGGCGGAAAUGGACGACAUGCGGGGUAAACGUGGCGGAGCGUGGGAUGGCAGUUCAGUUGCUGGUUGCUACCUGCCGCAACCCGAACCCGUGUCUGACAAUAGGUGCCAGCGCCGGCGGCGGAUUCCGUUGAGUGAUGGCCAUCGCGCAUCAAUACAUUCUGAAUCCAUUCAUAAGGACAGCCUGCCAACUGCUAUGAGCAUCCCACCGCCCUGGGCGAACGACCAUGUAUCAACGUCUUCUGUCCCUCUCCUUCCUCGCCACUACUGUCCUUUCCUCGGCCUUUGCUAUUCACAUUCCCCUUCGCAGGGACGUCGUCAGCAUUCGGGAUGCUAGUCCACACAGAGUUUCUGUAACGAAGUCAGCGUCUUCGACCGACCUUUCUGGAUUCGUCAAUUAUCAAGACUUUCGUUAUAUUGGCAACAUAACCAUCGCUGGACAGUCGUUCGAGGUGAUCUUGGAUACCGGCAGUCCGGACUUGUGGAUAGUCACGGACUCUGCUCUAUCCGGCUCUGUGAACACCUCUGUUCCAGCGGAACUCAACUAUGGUACCGAUGCUGCGGACGGCUCUUCGAUUCAGGGACACAUCUUCACAGCGGACGUUGAGUUCGGCGGCUUCACUAUUGCACAACAGGCCUACAUCGAUGUAGCAAACUCAUCAGCGUCAAGCGGCCUGGUGGAACCAGGCAUAAGCGGGCUCAUAGGUCUGAGCCCAGUGGCAGAGGCUAGUACGAUCGCAGCUGAUCUGCAGGGAGCCAAGUACAACGCAAGCGGGGCAAAUCCGCUGCAGAACAUCUUUUACAACGAUCCGAGCAUCCAACCUCAGUUCACUAUUCUGAUGUCUCGCAACGAUGGCGAGGUUGACACCAGUGGCGGUGAAUUCACCAUUGGUGACCCUGUUCCAGAACUGGCGUCUAUCCAGGACACUCCCAUCUUGCCAGUCGGCAGUGAUAACGAUGUCCUGGCCCAACACUGGACUGUACACAUGGAUGCCAUCGUCAUUAACGGGCAAUGGUACAACACCAGCUCAAGCGGCGUCGCAAACCUUUCUGCGAUCCUGGACACAGGUACACCGACUGCAUAUAUCGAUCCGAGGUUCGUGGACAUCAUGUACGGCGCAAACGCAAAACCCGUCGAUACCGACUUCUCGGUCGUGGACUGCAACGCUCAGAUCAACGUUACCCUUGUCUUCGGUGGUAUAGAGUUCCCGAUUAACCCCAUUGAUACGAUCCAACCCUACGCAUUGGAGGACAAUGGCACGGUGAUCUGCGAGGGUGCGUUCGCUCGCCUCGAGGGCUUCCCCGACGGCUCGCUGCUGCUUGGAGAUACCUUCCUUCGGAAUGCGUACACCCUGUACAACCUCAACAUCGGAAACAGCUCUCAAGCCGAUAUUGGACCAUACGUUCAGAUGCUCAGCACAACUGAUGCUGAGGCGGCCGCGACGGAGUUCGCACAGCUGAACCAGCAGAGACUCUCCGCCUUCGCCGCGGCGCAAUCAAAUAGCUCGUCAUCCGCGGCCUCUGAUGAUGACGACGACGACCUUUCGGCUGCCGGCGCAGUUUCCUCUCCUCGCCGUCGUCGUCUUCCGACGACUACUCUGCUCUCAUGCGCAACUCAUACAUCAUCAUCGGGCUUAUGGGUGGAGCGCUGCUGCUCUUGAUCAUCAUUGCUGCAAUGCUCGUAAGCAAGGCACGAGGGAGCCCCCAGAGGUCGUACAGGCCGGUCGGCGCAGAGAAGUUCGACCAUGUCCCCUUGCAACACGAGUCCUACAACGCCACUUACAAAGACUGAGACGGACAGACGAAUGUAUUUAUUUACGAUCGAUGCAUACUCACAGGGCC